CCCAAAACUUGACGAAGAAAUCGCAGAAGAGAUUCAUGAGGAAGAACACAGUGAUGAUGAUGAAAACAUGGAUCAAAAUGAAAAUGAUAGUCGAAAUAGAUCUGCGGUUAAGAGGGGGCGAGGAAGGCCAAGCUUAGCUACAGGAAAUGUAGGCAGACCAAAGAAAAUUUACAAGACAGUCCCAAUUGAUCAAGAAAUAGUGCAAUUAGUCGAUGAUAAUUUGACUGAGUCAGUGGAUGAAUUAUUGUCUGGACCUCAUGCAGAAGAAUGGAAGGAAGCCAUGAAAAUGGAAUAUGACGGCUUGAUCAAGAAUAACGUUUGGGAAUUGGUGAAAUGCCCAGUGAAUAGAUCUCCGAUUGGAUCAAAAUGGGUUUUAAAGACCAAAUACAAGGAAUGGAAAUGGAAAUUAGAUUUAUAUUAA